GUGCGCGUCUUGUUUCUACAGACGGAGUAGGUGCGCUAAUCUCCGGUGGCUUGUUGGAAAUGCAAUUUCAGGAGGAAGUGAAAUAUCAUAAGUGAAGCUUUUUUAUGAACUCGGUGCUAAACUACCACGGUGACGUAUAUGCUUCCCAACAAAUUGCAUGAAUUGGGCGGCCACUUAUUAGUGAGACUGACUGAUAGUUGCAGCUCUGUUUCUUAAAACAUGGGAGUUAAUGAGUCCGUGACUUCGCUCGGCGCCGCUUCAGAGAAAUUGGACUAACGACGCUCUCCUUAUGUCAAGCCCGGAUAAUACAAGUGAAUUAGAUGUGAUAGUUUUGGAGCAAACGUGUAAAAUCUAUGGGGGGAUCGGACAAUACGUAGCUCCACAGUCCCUGAGCUUUACAACAACUUGUCCAAGAUCGGCUGUCAAGAACCAUGGAUUGUUUUCAUCUGCCUUGUUUUCUGUCAAGACACCAUGAUUCCUGGUAACCGAAUGCUGAUGGUAAUUUUAUUAUGCCAAGCCUUGCUGGGAGGUACUGCUAGUCUGAUACCAGAGGAAGGGAGGAAAAAGUUCGCAGAUCAGAACCAGGCGGGUGAACGUCGCUCUCCGCAAAACCAUGAACUGCUCCGGGAAUUCGAGGCCACUUUACUCAAUAUGUUCGGACUCCACCGGCGCCCACAGCCCAGUAAAUCUGCCGUCGUUCCCCACUACAUGCUGGAUCUCUACAGACUCCAGUCUGGGGACGACGUCCCUCACGACAGCAGCUUCGAAUAUCCCGAGAGAUCCACCAGCCGCGCCAACACCGUGAGGAGCUUCCACCAUGAAGAACACUUGGAGCUGAUACCGGGGCAGAGGCAAGAUACCCAGCUUCGCUUUGUGUUCAACAUCAGCGCGGUGCCCGGGAGCGAGGUGCUCUCGUCCGCGGAGCUGAGGCUGUACCGGGAGCAGAUCGACACGGUAUUGAACUGGAAGGAAGGGUUCCAUCGCAUCAACGUGUAUGAAAUCAUGAAAGCCUCCGGCCAGCAGGGCGACCUCAUCACCAGGCUGCUCGACACCCGGCUCGUCCACCAGAACAAGAGCCGGUGGGAGAGUUUCGACGUGAGCCCGGCCGUGCUGAGAUGGACCCUCCAAAGGCAACCCAACCACGGGCUGGCCGUCGAGGUGAUUCACCUGAACGAGACGAGGAGCCGCCAGGGUAUGCACGUCAGGAUGAGCAGGUCGCUUCGCCAGACGUACGGAGACUGGUCCCAGUUCAGACCCUUGUUAGUGACUUUCAGCCACGACGGAAAGGGGCACGCACUGAUCCGCAGGGCCAAACGUAGCGGCAAAGGUCCGAAGCGCAAGAAGAACAGGUCUCACUGCAGGAGACACUCUCUCUAUGUGGAUUUCAGCGACGUGGGCUGGAAUGACUGGAUUGUGGCACCCCCGGGUUACCAGGCUUUUUACUGUCACGGAGACUGCCCCUUCCCACUGGCAGACCACCUGAACUCGACCAACCACGCGAUCGUGCAAACGCUUGUAAAUUCUGUAAAUUCCAACAUCCCCAAAGCUUGCUGUGUCCCCACGGAACUCAGCCCCAUAUCAAUGCUCUACUUGGACGAAUACGAUAAAGUUGUGCUGAAAAACUAUCAGGAGAUGGUCGUGGAGGGAUGUGGAUGCCGCUGAAAAAAAAGACUUUUAAUAAUGUCUGGACAAUAUUUGUAACAGGCGCUCGCCAUUGCAUUAUUUAUGACCUAUGACCAUAUGAUCAUAUAUUUUGACAAAAUAUAUUUAUAACUACAUAUAAAAAUAAAAUAAAAUUGAGUCAUAUUUUAAACGUAA